AUGCCCGCGUGGUACCGAUUUAUGUUUCCCGCCGGCCUGCUGCUCCUCGCGCACAGCUUCUUCCUCGCACUGCGCAUUCGUGAGCAGCUUCAGGAGCACCACCACGGCGGCAGCGGCGGCGUCGUGGCUUCCGCAUACUUCCCCGUAUCCUCCCACGCCACCGGGGCCCUGGCGCACAUAAAUGCGUCCACGAUACCCAUUUUUGUAGAGCUGAUGGUCGGCGUCGUCGUCGCCAUCGUCGGCUUCGUGAAGCAGCUGAAAUUUAAACGCGCGCGUGUCAUCGACAAUAACUGCCACGAGCGCUAUGACGAUGUCAUGUUCACGGGGGUGGGUUUUAUGCACUUCAAACAUCGGGGGUCGGUGAUGCGGAGCCUCCCGGGUGAGGUUGCGGCCGAGGGCGCCUCUGCUUUAGCCGCCAAGAAGAAAAUCUGA